GAUAUGGAGAAAGGUCCGACCGUAUUCACUGAGGAGAAGGAUAUCCAGAACAGUGAGAUUAGUGUGGAGCGUGCUCAUAUUCAAUGGCAUUUUGAGAUCGGGAAAGAAAUGGUCGCAGAGACAAUUGGAAUCGAUCGCUUGGCGCUGCUGCAGGUCCGAGACAUCCUGCAGAAGUUGGGGCUGCAGAGUACGUGCGACGACAGCAUCAUCGUGAAGGAGGUGUGCGGCGUGGUAUCACGACGGGCCGCCCAGCUCUGCGGCGCAGGAUUGGCCGCCGUGGUGGACAAGAUCCGGGAGAACCGGAAUCUGGAGCGCCUCCAGGUCACCGUGGGAAUGGACGGCACCCUUUAUAAACUGCACCCGCACUUCUUCUCGAUAAUGCAUGAGACAGUGGCAUGCUUGGCACCACAAUGCGAUGUGUCAUACGUCCAGUCCGAAGAUGGCAGCGGCAAAGGGGCAGCUCUGGUCACAGCGGUUGCCUGUCGGAUACGGGAGGCUGGACAGCACUAAGAGCCAACUUACCUUCAAUCUUCCCCCAUGCCCACUCCUCUGUCCUUUCACAUGGAGACUUACCCCUCUACAUACCUCUGCCCAUGACCGAUCAGUGCCCUUUUCCCAGUGUUAGACAACAACUGUGAGGAUAUCAGAGCCCCAAGCUCUGAGCCACCCCGUGUUACUGCAGGUAGGGAAGGGGACAGUCUGUCACUGGAGGGAGCCAGAAAAUUUAUUUGGCAGAAAACGGGAACUACAGAUACUGGGAACUAGCAGAGAAAUUGACCGGAUGAACUCAACAGGUCUGGCAGCAUCUGUGGAAAGAGAGAGGGAGAGAGGGAAAGAGAAAGAGAGGUGGAGUCAAGUGACCAUUCAUCGAAAUGUUACCAUUUCUGUUUUUGACUCACGAAAUGGUCCAGUUGGAUUUGUGUGUGUGCAAGAAAGUGUGUGUGUGUGUGUUUGUGUGUGUGUGUGCACGCGCGUGUGUGCUUGCGUGCAUGUGUGUGUGCGGGCAUGUGUGUGCAUGUGUGAGUGUGAGCGUGUGUGUGAGUGUAUGUGUGUGUGAGAGAGAGACUGUGUGUGAGCGACAGAGCGCAAGAGAGACAACACUGAACCUUGAAUAUGCAGAGAUGGCACAGCAGUCUAAAUCAGUUGCCAGUCACUCCUCAAAUGCCCGUGGCUUUGCCAAGGACGCACGCAGCGAACUCAAUUGUCUCCUUCCCCGACCUUAGAGGAGAGAGGUGCAAAUUUGGAGUGACUUCAGCUUACAGUUGGGUAAUGUAUUGGCAUUUCCACCACAGAAGGGCACUUGGGCUAUACCAGGGGAAUGGGGCUGGGGCACACGUUCAUAUCCAUUUGGGACAAAUUUGUCAAACUUGGCAGGGGUUGGGGAGGGUGGCAUUUUCAGUGGAGGUGUCCCAGGGAUCAGAUACUGCUGUUCGCUUUCGCUAUUUUGUUUGGUCAGAGACUUUUUCCUUGUGAGACAAUCUCUCGAUUCCUAAGCAGGAGUGAAAAUGGUUCGAGGGGGAUUGUUUAAUUGAUCGCCCGUUAAGGGGCACUGCUUCAAAUAUUCCCACUAUCCUUCUAGUGCAAUUAACAUGGAGUGAGCGUGCUCAUUUCUUAAAACUCACAGCGACUCAUCUACCAAUACAAAGCAAUAAAAAGAACAGCUGGAGAGCUGAAAUGAAGACAGAUACUGCUGGAGAAACUCAGCAGAUCUGGCAGCAUGUGUGGAAAGAGAGAGAGAGAGAAACCGAAUUAACAUUUCAGAUCUUGUGAACCUUUUAUGUUGGGGAUUGUGGUCUGUAAACCUUGUCUUGGUGAGGACUUGCAUUCUCAAGCAUGGCAUCUACCUCCACCUGUACCUGUUCGAUGGUGGAGAACUCUGGCUCUCAGUUAUGAUCGCUAUUUCCCAGCCGGUUUCAAUCCAGCUUUGAAUGAGCCCCUCGUCCUGGCAAAUUCAUAAAGGUUUACGAGAUUGUCAAAACAGCUAGUGAGACGGCUGUCUGAAUGCCAGUGUCAGAAAACAUGCAGCGAGAUUCCUUCUGAUCCAUGGCGACCGUGUUAAUAAGGUACACCCUGCAGAAUCUUGUUUCAACAAGGCAAUAUUCAACUGUUGCUCGAUAACACAAUGCUAAGUGAAAGCUUUGAAGUGAUCAGGACUCACACACAGGAAUGCAUUUAAAGGGAUUUGAAAGUAUGUGCCAAAAGUAUAAUUUGAAGCUGCUUUCGGGGAGCAGAUUUACAUUUUUUGACAGGGAGAAGCUGAAAUAAGACAGUCCUGUAAUUAGCGAUCUGCAUACAUUGUAGACCGAGGCCACCCAUUACCAGCUGUACCAUGCUAUUAGACACUCUGUAUUGCAAGAGAUUCAAAGGAAGAUGAGGAAACAAUGAUUUUAUUUUGUGUCAGAAUCAAUUUCAUCUUUCAGGCAUUGUUAGAAACACACACACACACACAUACACACAGAAUUUAUCUUUAUGAAGAGUAGAUUUCAAAUGCCAAUUGCAGUGGGAGUGGACGGAGACAGUUUUGAGUGUUCUGGACUCGAACAGCGGCUGGUGUUCUAGGAAUAAAACCACUCCAAACAGGAGCCACAAAGCAAGGGGUUAUCCCCUUCCAGGCCCCGCUCUAGGCUUGGGAGCAGCUUUUCAGGAAGGAGUUACAUCCUGGAGGAGCUCAGUGCUGCCAGUUUGCUAAUCUGUGCUUGGGUGUGCAAUAGACUCCUGCCUUCAGUUGCAGUGGAGAAAUAUUAUUUUCUGAUAUUUUAUUUUGUUCAGUUUACACGCGACUGAGCGGGAACCGUUGUUUAUUGAGAUGUGUUUGUAUGACCCUCCCACUUGGCUGUUCCUGCCUCCUGGUCAUUCAGUAAUUUCAAGUAAAGGAUCAAUUUCACUGUU